AUGGACACGAUGCUUUCAAAAUCACAAAUCACUUCAUCUGCACCUGCUCACGGCCCCUCUAUCAAAUUUGCUCCUCUCGCUCGCCGUUCGAUUCCGAAGCUCUCCCCGCCGGGCCAGCUUGAGCGGCGUCAAAGCCAUAAUCGCGCUCGACCAGUCGACUCUCAAAACCCGGGCAGCAAAGCUGAUCUGGCUGCUCGCGCCGCUGCUCGUGCUGCUGACGCAGAGAGGAGGCAGAUGAUUUUGAGUGUCACUCAGCCGGGCAGGAUCCAGAUUUCGAACCGAGUCUGUUCUGAUGGAAGUGAAUUUUCUGAUCUUCGACAACUGGGUCGCGGUCCAGCUUCCAAUCUUGUCCAAACUCAUCGCAGUCGGUCCUUGCAAGGCUUCAUGCCGGCGCAAAUGUUGACAUCGCAACCUGUGAUACGCUCCGAUAAACGGCCAGCUCCUCGCGUCCAAACUGAACCAAUCCCACGUCGAUUAUUGAAAAAGAAAGCGAAACCGGUCUACGUUCCAUGCCAUUCUCGGGCACCACUGGCCCCAUUUCUAUCAGGACCAGCCAGAAUGCUGUCUUCCAUCUCUCGUUUAAACCCGGGAGGCUCAAUCAAAAUCAUCCAACAGAAAGUUCAUCGUACCGUCCUGGUCGAAAACAAGAAGCCGCAGAAAGCUCAAAACCCGCACAGUCUAUCGCCGUCUUACUGUUCGCCAAAGAUGAAAAAAGCUGUGAGGAAAUAUCGGAUCGCGGCACACGAAGAAGAUCACCAAGUUCUCGAAGGAUUCCUUGAGAAUAACGGGGUCUACUUAGAGAAUAGUAAUCUUGAAGCAGAAGACACCCGAAAGCCGGACAACUCCACACUAAAGAACACACUACUCAAAAGAAUUCCCAACACAUUGCGAUUCCGCAAUCCAAUCCGAUCGUCCUCCGUGGGCUCAAAUCAUUCCAACACUUCGACUGCAUCCUCUUCCUCGAACCGCCUUCAUUAG